GAAACUUCCUGGUAGUGGUGAAGCCUUCGAAAUGCCGACGAUUAAAGCUUUGAAAAACGUACCACCCCCCGACAUUGUAGGCAAAUUAAAGAAAAAAGAUGACGAGAAAGGUUUUGCCAAACACGAUGAACUACAAGAAGAAUAUUAUGGUCCAGAAACUAAAGAAAAAGAUAAAAAUUGGAAGAGGUAUUUAGAGCCAAACUGUCCUUGCUGCGAUCUAACAAAACGGUAUACAGUUGCUGUCCUUAGUUCUGUUGGCUUCCUUAUCAGUUUUGGCAUUCGUUGUAACAUGGGAGUAGCCGUAGUCAAAAUGGAACCUGAAUUAAAUUGGACAAAAACGACAAUUGGAGUUGUAGAUUCAUCAUUUUUCUGGGGGUAUCUAGUUACACAGAUACCUGGAGGUUUUUUAGCUGCAAAAUUUCCAGCUAAUAGGGUCUUUGGUACUGCUAUAGCAACAUCAGCAUUUCUAAAUAUGUUGCUACCUGGUUCAGCUAAAGUACAUCCUGCUUUAGCAAUUGUUGUCAGGAUAUUACAAGGUUUAGUAGAAGGUGUGACGUAUCCAGCGUGCCACGGAAUUUGGAGACAUUGGGCACCUCCAAUUGAAAGAAGUCGUUUAGCGACCCUUGCAUUCUGUGGUUCGUAUGCAGGAGCUGUGGUUGGUAUGCCUCUAUGUGGCAUGCUAACAGAUUAUGUGGGAUGGCAGGCGUGCUUCUAUUUUUAUGGAUUCGCCGGACUAAUUUGGUAUAUUUUCUGGAUGUGGUUGACAUUCGAGAAGCCAUCAAAACAUCCAACAAUUACUCAAGAAGAACUAAUCUACAUUGAAAACAGUUUAGGACACGUCGCUCAUACAUCACCCACGCUCAAAACGACUCCGUGGAAGGAGAUGUUCACUUCAAUGCCUGUUUAUGCCAUCAUCAUUGCCAAUUUUUGCAGAAGUUGGACAUUCUACAUGUUGAUCAUAUCUCAGCCAACAUAUUUUCGUGAAGUAAUUAAAUACGAUCUGGACAAGUCUGGUAUUGUAGGAGCUUUACCUCAUCUUGUAAUGACUAUAAUUGUACCGUUCGGAGGCCAACUAGCAGAUUUACUACGGAAACGAGAAAUUCUUACAACAACGUCUGUCAGAAAAAUCUUCAACUGUGGAGGGUUCGGGAUGGAAGCUUGUUUUCUGUUAAUCGUUGCUUACACAAGAAGCAAAGCUGUUGCAAUUAUUGCGCUUACAAUGGCUGUUGGAUUCAGCGGCUUUGCAAUUUCUGGCUUCAAUGUAAAUCAUCUAGAUAUAGCGCCUCGAUAUGCCAGUAUUUUAAUGGGGUUGUCAAACGGUUUUGGGACAUUUUCUGGUAUCAUAUGUCCAAUUGUUGUGGAGUCGCUUACGAAAGUUGAGGCGCCUUAUGGUAAAGAAACGCCUCAAAUACCUCAUUUCGUUCAUAAAACAUUAGACAUUCACCAUGAAGUCCUUUCGAAUAGCAGAACUGAACCUCCUCAUAAAUUACACAAAGCAUUCCAUUUUAUGAAUAAAACAUUAGAGGCUCAUCAAAAACUCUUCCCGAAUUAUACCGCUGAAAAUUUGAAUCUAACUACUACUGAUACUCCUACGACUAUACCAACAACUCCACUAAUGACAAACGUAACAGAAAAUAUUAUUCAUGUUAAACCAACGGUUUCACCUGAAAUGGUUGCGGAACAGUGGCAAAAAGUAUUUGUAAUCGCGGGUGCCAUACAUUUUGCUGGAGUGAUAUUCUAUGGUAUCUUCGCAUCCGGAGAGAAACAACCUUGGGCAGAACCACCGGAAGAAGAAGAAGGCCCUUCAUGGAAUCCAUUGGAAAAUGCCUUCAAACCAGAAGACCAGCAACAAUACGACAGACAAAACGGAGAAAUAAUCGAACCCAUAUCUCUUGCUAACGUCAAACAACCGAGUUAUGGAGCAACCGUGGAUAAUUAUCAACCCGUCUUCGAAACGAGGGAAGAGAUGGUUCAGUCCCCUCCUAAAGAUCGUUAUAUGCACGGAACUGUUGAGGAACGUGAGUUUUAGGACUGCCUAUAUUAAGAUGCCUUAGUCGAAAGAGAUAAAAAAGUGCGAAUCAUAGAAGGGGGAGGUAGGCGAAAUCCUAAAACAUCCCAAGUGGAUGCAAACAUUUGGAAAAAAUAAAAAAUAAAUAAUUUAAAAAAACAUGUUUAAGCAAUAGGGAUCACACUAGUUCAGAAACAAAAAAAAAAAACAUUCAAACGAAC